UCCCACUCAAGGUUGACCGCGACACUCAACUCGCGCGUUUGCAGAGUACCGAUGUCGCCACUGUUCACCCUCUUAGCUUCUGCAGUCGGUUCCUUGUUGGCUGCCUGGACACUAGUUUCACGCGAACAUGUCGGGCUGCCAGUGCUAUGGACGACGUUGAGCGGCGUCUCUGCUACUGAGGCAAACUGGACAGGCAACAUACAGCUACCUGCGUCAUGUCGAACACUUGGAACGUUGACAUAUUGCAAGUCUGUGGCCGGAUCACUGUCGCAGCCGCAGCGAGCCAGAGAAGCAGCCACAAUGCAGACCACAGUAGUCACGGUGCCACACUGCUUGGCCAUGCAUUCUUCUGACCCAAUCCUGCAACCCUCUGCGACCGUCACACUCGAUUCCGGCAUCUCCUGGCAGUCCUGCCUGGGCGUUCUGUCUGCCACGGAGUGUACACUUGUGUUGCUGUGCUGGCUCAUCCGCAGCCGCUGGCUUGUUCGGGAAGCAAACUCGACCAUCUGCAUCCCUGUCGUGCACCGCCCACGUCUUGAGCCCGAACCUGACCUGGAUCCACGAUACCAGUUCUUCUUCGGCGUCCCGCCCCGGCUACAAAUCAGCAAGGCACCUCAAAUUGUCAUAGCCCACCUGCAGGUUCGUAAAGUACGGUUGUAUGACGUCGACUUGUGCGUCGGGAUUGCCUUCCAGGACCCUCGUGGACCGGAUUCCAAAAUCCAGUUCUAUUUCAAGGCCAAGGGCUCGGUCAAGCCGGACUCGGAGGUCCAUACAAUUGACGAAGUGGCACGACGUAUCGAUGAACCGGUUGAUCAGAGGAAGACGCAAUGUGCCUGUUCAUCUCGACCCGCAGUGAGGACGAGCUCGAGGACGACUUCUCGCUGGACGUCCUGACGAGCUUCCCGCUUGAAGCGUAAAUGCACAAUCGAAUUGAUCUACUACAUAGGUGGCUUUGUCCGGUCUGGUAUACCUAUGUCCCUUGAAUCGCCCUUGAAA